AUGGGUGACAAUCGAAAUCUGCCCGUCACCCAACCAAAUUCUAUCAAUUUCAAUGUGGUAAUACUCUCUAUAUUUUUUUCAGGAUCGUUUAUUGGUGCUUGGGCCUUUUUCAACAGAUUUUUAAAACAAUACACAAAGGCUACUGAGAUACCCCAGAACGUAUUUCGUAAACGUUGGUUGUUUGGAAAAGUGACUGCUGUAGGAGAUGGUGAUAAUUUCCACUUUUUCCAUGCACCUGGCGGUUUGAUCGCUGGUUGGGGUUGGUUAAGGCCACUACCUGAACUCAAUAAAUCCGAUCCGCCAAUCUCAUCUUCCAAAGUUGGAUCAUCAGUACCAAUUCAUAGGAGAAUUUUUGAUUCAAUAUUCGGUAGAAAUAAAACGAGAACUGCAUACUCCAACUAUUUCUUGGGGUUACCGGUACCUUAUAAGAAUAAAAGAAAUCUACCCACAAUAUCCAUACGUAUAUGUGGUGUUGAUGCACCGGAAAGAGCUCAUUUUGGAAAUCCUGCUCAACCAUUUAGUGAAGAAGCACUCAUCUGGUUAAGACAUACACUGAUAGGUAAAUGCGUUUGGAUUAAACCAUUAGCAGUCGAUCAAUACAACAGAUGUGUUGCCAAAGUAGAAUAUUGGACUUGGACCGGUUGGAAAAAUGUCAGCUUAGAGAUGGUUAAGCAAGGUUUAGCUGUGGUUUAUGAAUCGAAGACAUCAGCAGAAUUUGACGGCGAAGAAGAUAAAUACAGAUUUCAUGAAAUGGCGGCAAAGGCUCGUAGAAGAGGUAUAUGGUCUCAAAAACAGUUUGAAACACCAGGGGAAUACAAGAGGAGGAUUUAA